AUGGAGGGCAUCCCUGCAGGAUCCGAUGCUUCGAUAGUUCGAAUCGCAGGCGCCGGCUUCCGCCUGUCCCUGCUUCUCAACGCCGCGGCCUGUCAACUCGCACAGUCCAGGAUCGAGAUACACAGCAUUGCCAAGGGCAUUUCACUCUUUGCAUUGACACUCAAACAUGUGGGACAAGCUUUGGAAACCACGGACUUCGAGCGUUCCCAUGAGGCCACGGAAAAGGCUUGGGAGAUCGCCGGCCAGGGACAAAUGGUCUUCGUCGAGAUUGAACGCAUGUUGGAUAAACUACAAAACACAGAUGCAAACGAAGACCUCAAGAAUAUCCCCAUGCAGGAGCGGUUAAAGUGGUGUUUCCGGAAGCAGUACGUCACGUAUCUGCUGGCACAGCUGGACUCCCUCAAGCUCAGCCUGAUUGUGAUGUUGCAAGUCUUGCAAUUGGGCAACUUGGCUGGAUCGAGUACUGAUUAUGUCGACUCUCCCACGCUGAGCACAGACGAUCUCAUUGCUCAAGAGAAAGCCGAGACCCAAAAUAUGAUUAUCGUUCGGUACUGGUCAGUGAAGCGUCUCGAUCGCUUGUGGGAUGCCGUGGAACAAGAGGCUCGAGAUGCAGCCAGCAACCCGACAAGUCAGAGGAUCAAUUCGAGCUAUACUUCGGGCACGGCCUCGGCGCUAAGGCCGCUGGUCGUCGCGACCAAAGGUUCCGAUCUCACCAAGCUGCACGUUGUGACCUUUGGGGAGAGUGAUGCAGAUUUGGGUGAUAUUGAACGGUCUCCAAAGGAUAUGGUACACCUGUCAGAAAAGGCCAUGAACCGCCUCCUGCCGGUUUGGGUACCGUCGUUCGAUCCUACAAAACUGCGUAAUGCUGGCAAGCAAAGUCGCCUUCGACCCUAUGUAUCCUCCGACAGUGAAGAUGACAAUGAGAGUCUGGACUUUGACAAUCCAAACUCUCGCGGUUACUACCUAGAGGGAAAGACCGUGGACUGGCGCAAACCUCAGUCCCAAGAAGCCCGACGAGAAGCAGCCGAGCUACGUCAAAAAUACUCUGGGUUUCAAGCCCAUGUGGAAAGCGACUCCGAGCUUGAAGGGCCUCGUCACCGUCAAGAAUUCUAUCCAGCAAAGGCCCGAUCAACAGUAUCGAACGACGAAGGCGAGCAAAGAUCCAAUGCACGCCAACCAUCCAUCAACGUCUCCAUGCACGGGCAUGCCCACUCCAACAGCUUUUCCUCCAAAUAUCCGCCGACGUCAAACCCAGACAGCAGAUCAGCUGCAUACCCCAGCAACAGUUUUUCAGCAAACCAGCCGGCACCUCGGGCUCCAGCACCACCGAACCUGCAAACUGCACCAACUCACGCCCCAGGACCUCCCCAGCAGUCAUACAAGUACUACCCACCACAAGACUACAGCGGCACGGCUCCACGGUCGAUCCCGAAGACCCAGCCUAACCCAACCACAAUGCCCAACCCAUCACCACGAGGCACGCCUCCAGGCCAAUUCGACCCUCUCUGGGGCCGACCACAAGGCUACAACCCCUACAACACCAGCAUGCUCCAGCCACGACACCACCCCUCGGCAUAUCAACUCUCAACCUCUUCCCCGGAGACCAGCUUCCGGCCAUCACGGUCUCGCUCGGCGCAACGAUCUCCAUCUCGUCAUCGUCGAUCCUCACGUGAAGAAGCCAAGGAAAGACACAAGGCACUGGGACGCAACGCAACGAGGGGGUUGGUCGGCAUUGGGGCGAUAGCUGGGUUUAUGGAUGCGCUAGAGGCAUUCUCGAUUAUUUGA